AUGAUCAGGCUAUGCAUGCUUAUUCAAGAUAUUUUCUGGCCGUCGCGGUACAACCGUGGCAGUGAAGACCCUGCAAGUCGACCCUGGACUCUGGAGGGCAAUCGGUCACCUAGCGCUAACCAGUUGAGCAUGCUCGAGGGAUCGACCUACAGGACAGGCUUCCUAGCAAGCGCCUACACGUGGAACCUAAAAAUUAUCCUGGCAUUUGAGUUCAACGGUCCGUUUGGAAACGCUUUCCGGCAUAUACGUGUGGCGCCCCUAAGAGCCGAUAUACCGCCAACCGCAAUUGUAUACCAGUACUUGCUGGAAGUCGUCGCAAUCAUACUAAUGCGCCGUCGUGAUCGUCGGUCUUCCACACAUACGCAAUAUUCUUCCACCACAGGUCCCAGUGCCAGCAAGGUACGAAGUUCUACUAGUAGGGUCACUCAUCGGCAGCCCGCGCAGCGUCGCAGCAGGGUUAUCAACAAAAAUCGAGAACUUGAAGGGGAACAAAACGUCGGAGGCGAAGGUUUUGAUGAUCUUAUCCAUUGGCAAGAUGAUGAGGCAAUCAUCAGUUUCAAACAAAAUCGCAGGAGCUUGACAUGGUGUGAAUCCUCUGUUGACAGAGAGGGAAGCACGAUGCAUGAUACCGUGACCCCACAGGGAACGUGCAGCAAUACGGCUCCUGACGAUUAUGUGAAGGAUUUCCUCAGCUCCUUGCGGCCUAACUUGGAGUCCAAGGUUCAGGAGUUCAAGAGGAUCGGCCUUGAUGCGAAAACCACACUAGACGCCUUCAUCCGGUGGCAGGCAUCCGAACAGGAGAGCUGGAUUUUCUCCCAAAAUCUGUACCUCCAACUUACUCCGUUGGAAUUCAGUGGAUUGAUGCUAGGCAUAGAGAGAUUGUCAGAUAGGGGCAACGGGGCAUGA